AGAAGAAGAAGAAUCGCGUCACCGAGAACGAGGAAAGAACAAAAUGGAGGAGUACGCGAGGGAACCAUGCCCCUGGAGAAUAGUGGAUGACUGUGGAGGCGCCUUUACGAUGGGAGCCAUAGGUGGAGGGAUAUUCCAGGCUGUUAAAGGCUUCAGAAACUCACCUUCUGGAAUGAACCACAGAAUGAGGGGGAGUUUGACAGCCAUCAGAACCAGAGCGCCACAGUUAGGAGGAAGCUUUGCUGUAUGGGGCGGGCUCUUCUCAAUGAUUGACUGUGGGUUGGUAAAAGUACGAGGAAAGGAGGACCCAUGGAACUCGAUAACAAGUGGAGCCAUGACUGGUGCUAUCCUUGCUGCAAGAAAUGGACCUGUAGCUAUGGUUGGUUCAGCUGCUAUGGGCGGUAUUCUGCUAGCUUUAAUAGAAGGUGCUGGAAUCCUUCUUACAAGAUUCGCAUCGGCUCAGUUCCCUACUGGUCCACAGUUUGCAGAGGAGCCAGCCCCAAUGGCACCUUCAUCCUUUGGAGACUACAGACAGUACCAGUGAACAGCCUGAUUAACAUCAAGAUGUUUUAAUAUUUCACAAACUCAAAUAUGGUUCUGAAAUUACACACAUUGGACUCUCUGCAUUGAACAAGUAUCCUGAAGUAAUCCACUGUAAGGUUACGGUUAGGGAAUGUAAUAGACAAACAUUUAUUUUAUUAACUUAAUUCUUUGCAGUAUGACGUUUUACAUGUUUUCCCCCCAUAUUUAUUUAAAAGAUUCUAUUAAUCAUCUAAAAGACAUGGCAUUCCUUGUACUUCUUCAGUGUUACAUUGAUUUCUCUUUAAAUUCCUGAAGAUCUCUACGCUAUAGGUCAUAGUAAUUCAGUCAGCCUGACCAGUUGGGGCACAUCAAUGUAAAAAUGAGCUAAUAUGUGCUGUACACAGGUACUAAACCAGAACUGGACAUUGCUGACACACGCCGACCUCAUUUCCUUGCUAUAGAAAGCAGCAUAAGUUGUGAAGAGUGGACUCGCUUGUCUCUGUGAGAUUGUGUUGAAACGUGUGCAUUUGUAAAAUAUUUUGCUUUAACAUUUGUUGUGAUUUUCACCAAGCAAGUCUACAGUUGUAAAAGAAUUUCAUAAACAUGUACAAUCUGAAA